UCGCAUUCUUUUUAAGCUUUGAAGCAUCGAAAACUAGGGUUUAAGCUCUCCUAUCCUUCAUCUUCUCUCACUCUCUCCUACACGGCGCCUGGGUUGAUUCUUUCGAAUCUCGUCUUGCAACUACUCAACAAUGGCGGAACAGACUGAGAAGGCUUUCUUGAAGCAGCCGAAAGUAUUUUUGAGCUCGAAGAAAACUGGAAAGGGAAAGAGGCCUGGGAAAGGAGGAAAUCGCUUCUGGAAGAGCAUUGGUUUGAGCUUUAAGACUCCCAGAGAAGCUAUUGAAGGAACAUACAUUGACAAGAAAUGUCCCUUCACCGGUUCUGUUUCAAUCAGAGGACGUAUUUUAGCUGGUACUUGCCACAGUGCUAAGAUGCAGAGAACCAUCAUUGUUCGCCGGAACUAUCUUCAUUACAUCAAGAAGUACCAAAGGUACGAGAAGAGACACUCAAACAUCCCUGCACAUGUGUCACCUUGCUUCCGUGUCAAAGAAGGAGACCAUGUUAUCAUUGGUCAAUGCAGGCCUAUCUCAAAGACAGUGAGGUUCAAUGUGUUGAAGGUGAUUCCAGCUGGAGCUGCUGCUGGAGGAAAGAAGGCUUUCGCAGGACUGUAAGGUGUUGUUUGGACAGAUAUUGUGGUGUAGCUAGGAUCUGUUUUUGGGGCUUGAAAUUUAAUGAUGUUUUGCAGACCCUUAAAUUUUGAUACUAGAACUCAGUUUUUAUGAUUACUGAAUACUAACUACUCCAUGCUUCUUUGUUAAAAUCUUGGGAAUUUUAGUUCAAAUAUCUUUAUGUUGUCAAA